AUGUCCUUUACAAAUCUAUACUACAAGAGGACCACAGGGACACCCAAGGCUUGCUAUAUCUGCUACAAGCCAACCACGACCUGCCUAGCUACCAUCAACGCCGUUGACUUUCUUUAUACAUGCCCCACCCAUCUCACCGACAGAGGCUUUGCUUCGCCUAUACAAGAGGAACCCGCUAAACCGGCUGUAGACGAGAACGAGAUCGCAAAAGUGAAGGAGGAGUGGGAGGAGAAGCAGAAGAGAAAGGCAGAGCGAGAGAAGGAGAAAGAAAAGGAAAAAGAAAAGGCAGAUAAGGUGAAAGAUAAGGAUGACGACAAGGAUAAGAAAGAGAAGGAGAAGAAAUCAACACCACCAAAGUCACCACAUUCCUCAGUUUCACCCCCUCCGACGCCUGCAGCUCAUCAGCGCUUCGCACUACAUAGGGAUAUCUUUGCUAUGCGACAAACCGAGCAUCGUAGACGCAGACAGGCCGCACAAGCGAAGGAUCUAGCGCCUCGUUUCCCCGGUGCACCCCGAGGAGAAUUAGCAUAG